AUGGUAAUAGCUUAUGCUCUCGACUCUUUUGACUCUGAAAAAGUGGCAAUUGUAGGCGAGGUCACACGAUACGCAGUUCUUGCUCUUUUUACAGUGAUGUUCUUGGCCUCAGUAGGCACAGUCAACCGAGGAGGAAGUCUCUACAGCUUAUGAUACUCCAUGACUUACGUUCAAUUUAUCCGCUACAUUCCUAUUAUUGAUCUACACCAAUCUGAAGUAUUCAAUUCAUUUUUCAGCGAACUGUACAAAAUUUAUAAUGUUUAUACUUUAUUCCCUGUCGCAACCGAUGCAAAUAUAUCUCAACAAAGAUUUAAAAAGUUAGGAUUCCAAGGGACGAUUUUUAUAAAUAAUGCUGAAGAAAUGCUAUGAGCGUGGGGUUUAUGCCUAGCAUUGAUGCUAAUCAUAAUGAUAUUUACAGGCUGCAUACAGUCAGAAGUGAUGAGAAAUAUAAUGGGGUACACAAAAUACUCCCUGAUAAUAAGAGCGUCCCUUAUUGUUAUUUUUGAUAUUGUGAUUUGUGCGGUUUUACAAAUUUAUUAUGCAGAUUUUCAAGGAGCUGUCCCUUUUACAAGCACAUUGAUAUCUCUGAUGUUUCUUACGAUGAGUGCUUUGUUUGUGAUUUUUGUGCCAGUUUCAAUUAAGCUGAAGCUGAGAUUAACUAAAGAAGUGCCUCCGGAAAAGUGUUUGGAGUCAAUUAUGACCAUUGUAGGUGAGUUUUAUGGAAGAAUGGAGAUGACGCAGUAUUUGUUUUAUCCUAUUAUACUUCUAGUUCGGUCAGCUGCUGCAAUUAUCUUAGUAUUGCUAUAUGAGUAUCCGGCCAUCCAAGUGGCAACAAUUGGCUUCGGACAAGUUAUCAUUCUUGCUUAUUUAUUUGGAUAUCAGCCUUUCAAAUAUCACUUAGAUAAUUGAUUUGUUUUUGCAACUGAAUUACUAAUUUUGCUCUUUAUUGCUAUCUCUUCAUUUUAUUUAUUAUCUGAUACAUAUACUGGCUAUACCCCCUACUUAGACAUUUUUUGCAUUCUUAUUCCUCUAAUUGGAAUUCUGACGUGCCUUAUAAGAUACUUAUUUGCUUCAAUAGUCAACGGCUCAUGACAUGAACUCCGCACAGUUUUACAGUCCAAAAAUAAUGUCUCUGAGCCAACUUUGGAAUCUUCAAUGGAUUUCAAGGACAAUUAUUCAGGAAGCAGUGACACGAAAAUGAAGCGGAAAGUUCUAAAUAGAAAAGAAACUGAAAUAAAAUCGCAGCUGCCCAAUGAGCCCUAUAACAACUUGUAUAGAGACACAUCCGCAGAUCAAGGAGAUACUAGUAAAAAUGUGAAAUAUUUCAGAGAAACCAACGGAGAAAGCUGAAAAGUGGUCGAAAUUAAAGACCCCAGAGAAACGCGCUCAUACAGACAUGAAGACGAUGGGGUUCGUGUCAAUUACUCAUCUCCUAGCAGUAGACGAAAUUCCUAUUAUGGUGAAGGCAUUCCAUUUUAUCCACGAAUAGCAGCAAAAUAUCACAAAUAUAAAGUAGAUCAGAGGAGUGUGACUCCAUCAAGUCCUUAA